AAACUGUUUUAGACUGAGUGAACUCUAAGUAAUUAUUUUUGAACACCAAAGAAAAUUGAAAAUCAAAAUAAUACGUAAAUACACAAUUAGAAAAGAAUAUACUUUAUAAGCCCAAUGCUCAGCAUUAUGUUUAAAGCUUUUAUCAGAUAAUGAUUGUUUAUAAUAAAGUGAAUACGCACGAAAAGGUGAUAAAACGGUGUUUAAUAAUAAAACGGAAAACAAUAAAAAGUUGGUAAAUAAAUAUGCAAAUGAUCAUUUGCUUUUGGAAACAUUAUGGUUUACUUUCAAGAUGGUUAACCAAUAUUAAAUACGGAAUAUUUACUGGUCAAGUUAAUAAACUUGCAACUUAUUUAUAAAACGAUCGAGAGAGAGUAGCUUUGGCUCUCCCAAUUCCACCAAAAACCUCCAGAUAAAAGCUUAGCUGGCUUUGAACAGAGAAAUCAAACAACUAUAUGCCAAAGCUUGGCUCGAUUCAGUAACGCAGUUCCUAAGCCCGAGGUUACAAGUCGAAACAACUGGAGAAACCCAUGGAUUUACUAUCAAGAUUUGCACUGAUCGCCGGCCUGCUGAUGCUGAGCUGGCAGUGGACCAUGGCCAUGCCUCCAGUUCCCAAAAGCCAACCUAUCAACCAACCCAUCUCCAGACCCGAUUUACCCGGAAUGGACAACUCGGCCAUAUUGGUGCAGAGCAUCUUCAGCAUCGAUCCGUCUUUGUGUCCCAAGGGUUAUAUUCGUACUGGCCCUCAUAACACGUGUCGCAAGGAAGCCUAAAAAGAUAACGACUGUCUGGGAAUUCCAGGAGAUUAAGUAAUAUUAGGUCAAUAACUGAGCUCCAAAGAGCGGCGUUAAUUGAAUAACGAAUGUCAGACGGGAACGUGCCAAAAGCUGUGUUUUUAUUGAUACUGAUACAUAAUUUAUACACGCAAAAAAUAAAUUAUCAUAUAUUUC